ACACGUGAAAAAUAUAAUGCAAAAUUCUGUUUAUUUUUAUUCGUGAAGUGAUCAUAAAGAAGCAUUAUUUAGGCCCAGUUCCGUUAAGAAAAAUACUUAUUUUUUUAAAAUUAAAAAUGAUGUAUUGUAAGAGAAUGACUUGUCUCGUAAAACGAAAAGUAAGUAUUUAAAAAAUAAGAACCUUAGCAGAACAGGACCUUUGUUUUUUCUUUUUCAAAUAGGAAAAGCACUAGUAUUUCUUUUUAGGUGGCAUGGGCUCCUAAUAAUCUCCAAAUUUUUUUGAAAAAAUGACCUUUUUAGAUUUCAAAUGAAAACUAGGAAUUACUGGCUCUCUCUCUCUCUUUCCAGAUUGUCUAAUGGAUGAGGAUUCCACAAACCAGCCCACCACCAUAUAUUCCUUUUGACCCACAUCACAUAUUGGAAUCUCUAUAAAUUUUCCCAAACAAUAGGGCAUUCUAAUGACAAUUACAACAAAUUGGCACCAAAAAAGAAGAGAAAAACCGAAAUCAAAGAGAAAGAAGACCGAACAGAGCCAACACCGAGCUAAAGCUGAGAGGCGGCUGUUUUAAGGAGGUGAAAUCAAGAACUUGAUUGAAAAUGGAAGGUGAAAUCAAGAACUUGGUUGAGGUACUCCUGUCAAUCCUAUCAUCUCUCUGUUUCUGCUACUUCGUCUCUUCAAAGAUUCCCAAAGGCAAAUACAGAUUCCUCUCUCUCCUCCCAAUCUUCUCUCUCUUCACCAUCCUCCCUCUCCGCUUCACCUACGCCUUCCCCACCUCCGUCACCGCCUUCUUCAUCACCUGGCUGGCUAAUUUCAAGCUCCUCCUCUUCGCCUUCGAUCUCGGUCCACUCUCAUCAAACCCACCAAAAUCCCUGCCCCUUUUCAUCACCCUGGCUUCUCUACCCAUCAAAAUCACAAACCCAGAAAAAUCCCAAAAUUGCCCUCCUGAUCCACCCUCCAAAUUACCCACUAAACUGCCUCUGAAUUUGGCCGCUGAAACCGUGAUUCUCUCUCUACUAAUGGGUGCUUUGUUUGAUUAUAGAGAGAGAAUCCAUCCCAAGAUUGUACUAGUACUGUAUUGUUGUAUGGUUUUCUUAAUGGUGGAUGUACUUAUCUCUAUCGCCAAUAUGGCAGCUCGGGCCGCCGUGGGGCUUGAGCUGGAGCCGCCGUCGAACGAGCCGUACCUGGCCACGUCACUCCAGGAUUUCUGGGGGAGGAGGUGGAACCUCAUGGUGACAAACAACCUGCGAUACACCGUGUACAAUCCCGUCCGGUCAGCUUUGGAGGGCGCGCUGGGCAGGGAAGUAGCCCAGCUGCCAGCCGUCAUGGCGACUUUUAUCGUAUCCGGUCUAAUGCACGAGCUACUGUUCUACUACGUCACGCGUGCGAGUCCCACGUGGGAGAUGACUGGGUUUUUCGUGCUUCACGGGGCGUGUGUGGUGGCGGAGCAGGUCGUGAACAGGGCGGCCCCCGGCAGGAGGCGGUUGCAUUGGGCGGUGGCGGGGCCGUCGACGGUGGGUUUCGUGGUGGCUACUAGUUUUUGGCUAUUUUUUCCGCCUAUAACAGAGGGUGGUGCGGAUGUGAAACUCAUUGAGGAGUUCAAAUGGUUUAUGGACUUCACAAAGAGAAACCUUGUCUUAAUUUGUGAAAAUUUUAUGAGGUGCUUCCAUUAGAAUUUGGAUGAUUCUUACUUGUGAUAGAAGAGGGUCAAAAGUUGGGUAGCGCAUUGCUAUUCACCAAAAUCAUAAAAAUGGUUCCAUCGUGGCAUUGAUUU